CGAAUCUUUAAAAAAACCAGUGAGAGGGGUCCGGUCCUGUCUUUAUAAUCUCAAAUAUGUCCUAAAAUUUCUGAUGAGAGAUCCGGUUAAUAAGAGAGAGUAAAACUUUUAUUAAUAAAAGGUCAGAGAUAGAUAGUUUUAUUUUUCUUUUUUGGUUGGUUGUGUGUGUGUGUGAUAUGGGAAACGUGAACGCGAGAGAAGAAGAAGCCAAUAGUAACCACCACCAGAACGACGACAACGCUGCAACUGAGAUUAGCUCUCACCAUCAUCAAGCUUCCGACUUUGCAGCACCUAUGGGUGGUCAUCAAUCUCCUCCUCACAGCCCUCGCGCCACUCAGUCUCCUCUCAUGUUCGCUCCUCAGGUACCGGUGAUUCCUCUGCAAAGACCAGACGAAAUCCACAUCCCUAACCCUUCGUGGAUGCAGCAAUCGCCUCCUUACGAAGAGGCUCCAAACGAGCAAGGGAUCCCCACUAUGAUCACUUGGUGCCACGGCGGCAAAGACAUCUCUGUUGAAGGAUCUUGGGAUAAUUGGAAGUCAAGAAGUCGGCUGCAGAGAUCUGGUAAAGACUUUACUAUAAUGAAAGUACUCCCUUCAGGUGUCUAUGAGUACAGGUUCAUCGUCGAUGGUCAGUGGAUGCACGCCCCUGAGCUCCCUUUUGCUCGUGAUGACGCUGGCAACACUUUCAACCUCUUGGACCUCCAGGACUAUGUUCCUGAAGACAUUCAAAGCAUAUCAGGGUUCGAGCCUCCGCAAUCUCCAGAGGCUAGUUACAGCAGCUUGCUUCUGGGAGCUGAGGACUACUCCAAAGAACCGCCUCUCGUUCCGCCUCACUUGCAGAUGACUCUGCUCAACCUCCCGCCAGGCAACAACCCUGACGGUCCCUCGCCGCCGCUGCCGAGACCUCAGCAUGUCAUUCUCAAUCAUCUCUACAUGCAGAAGGGCAAGAGCGGUCCUUCUGUGGUUGCCCUUGGUUCCACUAACCGCUUUUUGGCCAAGUAUGUAACUGUGGUGCUCUACAAGUCCCUCCAGAGGUGAUAUGCAAAUUCAUCUAAUUUACAUUCUCUUAUCUAAGUUUGGUGUUUUUAAAAGUUAACUCAUGGAGAAUGGGUGAGAGAUUGGUAAUUGCUAGCAAAGUUAUUGUUGUAAGGCCGACAAAUCUCUCUUCUUUUUUUUGGGUUUUGGUUUGUUUGGCUUUCAAGUUUUCACAACAGUUGUCUCACACCUGCUAGUCUUACUAUAUUAUUGUUUGGCUUUUAAAUC